UAUGAGGCAUGAUCAGUGAGCACCAUCUGUAGUGUUCACUGAUGAAAUGUUUUUAAUAAUAAUAAACAAUAUUUCGUUAAAAUGUUACUUAGUUAAGUUAUUUAUUUAUUUAUUUAUUUAUUUAUUAAUUUAUUUAGUUUGAAGAAACAAAUCUACAAAAGAACAAACCGAACUUCCGGUUUUCAUUUCACUAUGUUGAUGACAAAAGUCGUCACAUUUGAAAGUGAUGAAAACUUUUAUCUUUAAUUUUGCAGACAGUUUAGCUUUGGCUUGAUCUCAAAACUACAUGCUGUUUGAGUGAAGCUGAAGGAUAACAUUCAAGCUUAAUUUCUUUAACUAUUGAUUCAGUUUUUUAUUUUUAUUCAUUUUUUUAAAACCACAUAAUCGUAUUAGCGGUGCAUUUAUUUAUUUAUUUAUUUAUUUAUUUAUUUAUUUAGUAUGUAUUACACCUUCUGGUGUAGGUUAUUAGGCUUGUGGUUAUAAAAUCUGUCUUUGUCCAGUGUUACCUUCAGAAACUGACCUUAACGUGGACUUGAAAAUUAGCACCAAGGUCAUAGGGCAACAUUGUGAACUGCACUAAGUGGAAUUUAUUUAGAGUUAAUGUAACCUUUCCUUAACAAAUUAACAAACAAACUUGUUUGUAUGUUUAUAAGGGCUCUGUGCAUUUAUAUAUACAUACAGUUUAUAAAGUGUGUGUGUGUAUGUAUGUAUAACACAAAUUUGACUUAGGCUUUGUCUCAUCCUACUGCCUUUUUUUUUUUUUUUUUUUUUUUUUUUUACAUAAGUGACAUAAAGCUAAAUAUCUAAACAAUCCCAACUAGUUUAUACAAGCUUAUGAUUUAUUAGUAUACAUCAGAUAUUUAAUUCUGUCAUUUCAACCUGUUGAACAGUAUGAACAGCACAAGGUUUGUUUUUGUGUGUUUUUUGCCUGGUCUUUAAUCACAACCUACGACCCUGACAAGAGAUUUAUGGUGUUUCUGACCUUUUUAGUAAGACUUGUAUAGACAUGUGCAUCUUCAGCCUCAUUUGAGACCUUUUUUCUCUUUUAAAGAGCCUGGUUUUGUUUUAAAUUUCUAACACAGCACUGUUGAAUUCUCGAGUCAGGAGUUGUUGAUUCGUUUUCUAUGACAGCAGCUCUGAAAAUGGUGCAGCUGCAGAGAUAUAUAUAUAUAUAUACUAGUUCUAAAUACAUCAUCGUUGCUAUGGUAACAAGUUAUUUCGCAUGGACCUGUAUGGCGGACGCUAUGUAACCUGUAAUAAUUGUGAAUGUGUAAAAGUUUUCUGUAAGGAGAUGUAAAUGUAACAUUGAUGGAAGGAGUCUCCAGUGUCAGUGCUUUUGUAACAGGGGAAGCUUGUUUAGGACGGUUCCGUCAUGCCGGUCGACCUGGCGAUGCCGCUUUAUCUGUUGAGUGAUGACUUCCAGAGCAGGAUGUCUGGGAAGUGUAAGACACCUCUGCGUCCAUGUCUGCACACGCGUACGGUCACUCAGUUCGGCUUCCGCUCUCCUCUGCAGCAGCCCGAGUCUCUGGAGCGGGAACAUGGCAAGGCCAAAAAGCAGGUGUCCUUCGCCGACCACAAGGGCCUGGCCCUCGCCGUGGUGAAGAUUUUCUCCGAGUUCGAUGACCCCAUCGAUAUCCCGCUCAGCAUCCGGCAGCUUUUCACUUCGGCGCUCGAGGUCUCCGAGGAGGACGACAAGCUGGUGCUGGACUUCAAGCAGCCGAGCGCGGAUUACCUGCAGUUUCGUCAGCGGCUAGAGCGAGACUCGGUCUGCCUCGAGCACUGUGUCCUGAAGGACAGAGCCAUUGCGGGGACCGUCAAGGUCAAAAACCUGUCCUACGAAAAAGCAGUGAAGGUGCGCAUCACGUUCGACACGUGGAAGGGCCACACCGACGUCGACUGCCAGUAUGUCAGGGACACGUACCUGGGCUCUGAAUGGGACACCUUUUCGUUCGAGGUGAAUUUACCAGCCUGGGUGGAGCCACACGAGCGUGUCGAGUUCGCUGUGUUUUAUGUGGCCGAUGGGAACACGUACUGGGACAGCAACCAGGGCCAGAACUAUAAAAUCAUCCACUCUGCUCUGAAGAAGAAGAGCACGGGACACGACGCGAGCAUUGGACAUCAGCACGGCAGUGACCGGUACGCUUACUUUGACCGAUUCGGCAGCCCAAGGUGCUCGAACGGCAUUUUCCCCGAGUGGCCGAGCUACACCGGGUACGAGGACCUCGGCCCGUAUUACUGACUCGUGCGUCAUGUGACAUCCCAUCCAGCCUAGAUCUGUGAGGAAUACGAAACCAGGACAUGAGCUUUUACAUUAAAGGAAUAUUUUGUCCAAAAUAUUCAAUCUACACAGUGUUUCUUUUUUUUUUUUCCUUCCUAAUAAUGUAGUCAGUCAGUGAGGAUGCGUUUCCUGUUUGCUGUAAGUUUGCGUCUGUAGUUUUGAACCGGAACUAUGAGAUUUAAAAAAAAAAAAAAUGGAAGCAAAUGGCCACUUGAUUAGCAUCACGACACCUACACGCCUCUACUGCAUAUUUCUGACUGUAUGCCACAUGUUUUUAUUUUAUGAACCUGUCCUUAGACAGAAGACACGCACUUUGCACACCGCUAAACCGUUAUCCAUAAGCUUCCCUUUACUCUUAUCUACACUAACCUCAUAAACGCAAACGCCGAACAUGUCUCAACCGAUCCACUUCAUUUCAGGGGAAAAAUAUAAUAGUUUAUUUUGUUUACACCAACCGGUGCAAUAGCGAUCUGUAACAUCUGGAUAAACGAAUCCAUCCGUGUCCGACUUGAAACAUGUCUGUGAUUUCGAAUGGGACGGAGUUUAGUUUGCUGCUGCCUUUAACGAGCGCUUGAACAACACCGCGGACCGUUCAGUCACGCGUCCGCUGGAACGUGGGUCCACGUGUGCGCCGCUCUUUAAUAGAAAAGCGCACGCACGGGAUAAUGAAUUGAACGCAUUAGUUUCUCACACCGGAAGAUGUUUUGUAAAUCCCGACCUGUCAGUAAACACCAGCUUUUAUCUUCAACCAAAGAUCAGAACCGUCCGAAUGUAAAGAUAUGAUCGAUAAGGUUGUAAUGUUCAGAGUGUCUGUAAUUGGAAAGAAAGCCAUUUUUUUAUGUUCGUUUGUGUAAUCGAUUCGGUUUCUUAACAGAGCAGGAAUACAGAUGUUACUGACUUCUUAUACAAAGUGUUAUGUUAUGUUAUGUUAUGUUAUGUAAUGGAAAUGGACUCUUGGGUCUGUGUUGUGUAACGUGUUUAUUUAAUUCAAAAGAAAGCCAGUCAUCUUUAAGUGCAAAAUCUGAUUUUAAGCAUUAACCAACAGCAUCAUCCCUUUCAAGAAAAUAUUUCACUUUUACUGGGAUCUCGGAAGCAGUGUUUUUACACCACAGGUUUGUAUUUUAAUCAGGUUUUUGUUCCUUUAUUUGGGUGAAUGUUUGAUUUUUAUUAUUAUUUUUUUUUCCUCGUUUUUAUUUUUUGAGCACCUCACGUUGUGAAAUUUGUUUUUGUAAAUGGUUUUGGGAUGUUCCGUUAAUGCUUUUCUUUUCUUUUUUUUUUAUUUUAAAUUGUUUUAAUUCACUGCUGUUGAAUAAAGGAUUGUGUUUCUACAAUAAUUAAUUAAGUGCUCAUGAAGUCAUUUUCAAGGAUAUUUAAUGCAAAACAGUUAAACAUGAUCCAUAAGUAUAGUUGAUUUUGUCCAGACGAACAUGUCGUUGGAAUGUCCAGAUAUUUAUGGACGUUUUCUUUACAAAAUUAAGACCGUCAACCAUGUUACAAGCACUGGACAUGAAACGCCAUUCAUUUCCACCUUUUGAGUGUAUUAAAAAAAAUAUUAAAAAAAAGAAGGAAAAAGCAGAGGAUGUUUUCUUUACCACACACAAAACCAUCAGAUCUGAAGGGGUUAAAGUUUUUGGAGGAUACUCUGCAUGAGCUGAUGUGAUGGGGUCGCUUAUUUGGUUUGAAAGAGAUUACACAAAAUAUUUUUGCGGGGCGGCUGUGGAUCACGUGGUAGAGUGGGUUGUCCACUAAUCGUAGGGUUGGCGGUUCGAUUCCCGGCCCACUGAACCCCAAAGUUGCUCCCAGAGGCAAGUUAGCGCCUGUGUGAAUGGGUGAAUGAGACACGGUGUAAAGCGCUUUGGAUGAAAGCACGAUAUAAGUUUACCAUUUACCGUUUUUAAAUGACUGGCUUCCUUAAGAUUCAGCGUCAAACUAAAGAUGCAAAAUUCUUGAACGAUUCUUGUCUGAUUGAAUACAUUUAAGACAGCAGGAAAACUGUGUACACUUGUUUAAAGAUGAGAUCAUUAUUAUUAACCACGGUUGCUGCUGAAGUGUAGAUUCAACUUUUUAAUAUGUUCAUUAUAUUUAAAUAUUAUGGUGCACGGUGGCUUAGUGGUUAGCAUGUUCGCAUCACACCUCCAGGGUUGGAGGUUCGAUUCCCACCGUGCUGCGGGGGUUUCCUCCGGGUACUCCGGUUUCCUCCCCCAGUCCAAAGACAUGCGUGGUAGGCUGAUUGGCGUGUCCAAAGUGUCCGUAGUGUAUGAAUGGGUGUGUGAAUAUGUAUGACUGUGCCCUGCGAUGGAUUGGCACUCCAGAGCUCCAGAUUCUCCACGAUCCUGAACGAUAAGCGGUACAGAAGAUAUUUCGGUAUUAAAAGUAUUUAAAUAUGUUCGAUUAGCCCUCAGCCUAAAC